GACAGCUGACAAUGAUAACUAAACGAAAUUUCGUUGGUUGUAAACUGGAAUCGUAAACACUCAAAUGCCUUAUAUUAUUAUUAAAUUCAGAUCAGUUUUUUUAGUUUUAUAAAGUUUUAAUUACCUCUCAUAUCGUAUUUUCGUUAUAGCAGUUCAUUUGAUGUAUUUAUUUUCUUACAAAGCAUAAUUGGAAUUGUGUUUGAUUUUAUACUGUGUCUGGGUGAAUCAUCACCCCAAACAACUGUUGACUCUUUGUAAUACACCUAAAGGAUACAUUGAGGUAAAAGAUGGAGUGGUUAUUUGGUCACCGAAUGACUCCAGAGGAGAUGCUGAGAAAGAAUCAGAGAGCACUAAAUAAGGCCAUGCGUGAUCUUGAUCGGGAGCGUCUUAAGAUGGAACAGCAGGAAAAGAAAGUCAUAGCAGACAUUAAGAAACUUGCUAAGGAUGGGCAGAUGGACGCAGUAAAAAUAAUGGCAAAAGAUUUAGUACGCACACGGCGCUAUGUGCGCAAGUUCAUGUUGAUGAAAGCAAAUAUUCAGGCUGUUUCCCUCAAGAUACAAACACUCAAAUCCCAAAGUAGCAUGGCGCAAGCCAUGCGCGGCGUUACGCGCGCUAUGGCGUCCAUGAACAGACAACUCAACGUCCCACAGAUACAAAAAAUAUUGCAGGAAUUUGAAAAACAAUCAGAAAUAAUGGACAUGAAGGAGGAAAUGAUGAAUGACUCUAUAGAUGAGGCAAUGGAGGCUGAUGACGAUGAGGAAGAGAGUGACGCAGUGGUGUCUCAGAUCUUGGAUGAGCUGGGGCUGCAACUCAACGACCAGCUGUCAGGUCUGCCACAGGCCACCGGAUCACUUUCCGUCACGGCGAAAACGCCCGCGGCGGCGGCGGUGGCGGGCGGCGCGGGCGCGGCGGGCGGCGCGGGCGCGGGCGGCGCGGGCGGCGCGGGCGGCGCGGGCGCGGCCGACGCCGACGCCGAGCUGCAGGCGCGCCUCGACAACUUGCGGCGCGAGUAGGCGGCGCGGGCUUAACGUCACGUACACGUCACCGCUCGUGUUGUCUCACACUUUAAUUUGUUCGUUGCCAAUCUGAAGCCUAUGCGGAUUCGUUUGAACCCUCUUGUUCCUUUUAAAAGAUACCGAGGUUAAAUCUCAGAUAAAAUGUUAAUUUACACGCUGUGUACACGCAAUAGAGUAUCGUUUCAGAUGUAUAGCUUAUUCGAGUGUUAUCGAUAAACAAAUGUAAAUAUAUUGAAUAUUAUAUUAUUUGAAUAAAAAGUUACAAAUAAGAA